ACCCGUGUAUGCACUGUGCGCUUGAGCCUUAAGGUGGCAAUCAAUCGUGAUUCGCUGAAUCGAGUAAAUCAAUAAGUAAAAACCAAUCCCGUUCGACUGGUGCUCUCAGCUGCUCAGUGAGUACUGGGGUUUAGUGAUAUUGGGUGCAUCCGCUCUUGCGGUUCCCGCGAAGAUUCGUAUAACCUCUCUUGUUCACUUUUCGCAAGUGUUCCACACCCUUGUCUCUAGGUUAACGACGUAUUUUCGCCCCUGUCGUAAACUCGGCGAUUGCCAGCAUCUGCCGCAUAACAGGACCGCAUUACUCGCGAAAUAAUGAAAUGUUUAGAUAACGAGAUGAUUCGUCGACUUGCGAUUUGACAGUUCGCUCUCGCCAGCGACGUGUACGUACGUACGUAUGUACGUACCAAGUGCCGUACGAACGUUCCGUUUAUGAAUGCACGCGAGGAGGGACACGCACGAUGAGCACGGGCGCAAAAUUCGCGUGGGCAUCGUGAUUCGCGCAAAAAUUGCGGAGUACUGGCGGACGCGGUAAACCUCUUCUUUUUUUUUUACCGCCCGAUCACCGCGGAUCUGUCCCAAGCGUUGCUCGUCGUAAAGGGAAGAGAAUCAAGAUAUGUGAGGCAGAUCGGUCCUUACAUGAUCCGCAAAUUUACAUUUGUGCGUCGAGUGAUAAUCUCACGUAGUGUAGCGUUCGUUUCUUCCGAGCACGUUUCUCUUAAACGGCCAAAUGUCAAAGAACAAGCUCAACUUGACAUUACCACCUGGCUCGAUAGAACCGGUGCCUGAAGCGUCACCGUCGCCGCCGGUCCCGCCUCUAGCCGUGUACCCGGAGCCCGCCGGUGAGAUGUCGGACGGCUUAAGGGACCCGUUGAGCAUAGAGAAUAUCCAGGAGAGACUGGAGGAUCUGGAAAUGGACGAGGAACAGAAGAGACGAUUGGAGAGCUUUCUGGGACAGAAGGAAAAGGUUGGGGAGCUGGGCGGCGAGGACUUUGAAAAGUUAGGCGAAUUAGGCUCGGGUAACGGUGGCGUCGUUACCAAGGUCAAACAUAAAAAAUUUGGUCUCAUAAUGGCGAUGAAGCAAAUACGUUUGGAAGUGAAGCCACCUAUUAAGAAGCAAAUAAUUAGAGAAUUAAAAGUCCUUCACGAAUGUAACUUUGCACAUAUAGUUGGAUUUUAUGGCGCUUUUUGCAGCGGAGGAGAAAUUUGUAUAUGUAUGGAAUAUAUGGAUGGUGGAUCGUUAGACCUAAUAAUGAAGAGAGCAGGACGAAUUCCAGAAUCCAUGAUAAGUACAAUCACAUGUGCUGUUCUGAGGGGUUUAGCUUACCUACGAGAUAAGCACGCCAUCAUGCACCGGGACAUAAAACCGAGCAACAUCUUGGUGAAUAGCGCGGGCGAGAUCAAGCUCUGCGACUUUGGCGUAUCCGGACAGCUGAUUGAUUCGAUGGCUCACUCGUUCGUCGGUACGCGAAGUUACAUGUCGCCAGAGAGACUCCAGGGAUCGCGUUACUCGGUGCAGAGCGACAUUUGGUCGCUCGGAUUGUCGCUCGUGGAAUUGGCGUUCGGUUUGUAUCCUAUACCGCCGCCGGACGAUAAGCUUUUGGCUUCCAUAUUCGGUGCCGAAUGGGAGAAACACUACGGGGAGAGUUCUUCGAGCGAUACGACGGACGCGUCUGGUACCGGAACCGAGACCGACUCCUCUGACUCCGCAUCCAUGCAGCCGCCUCCACGACCGCCAACGAGACGUAGCACGCACGCUCCCAGACCCCUGGCGGUAUUCGAGCUGUUGGAGCUGAUAGUCAACGAGCCGCCUCCGAGACUGCCAGCCAGAUUAUUCACCAACGAUUUCAUAGAUUUCGUCGAUCGUUGCUUAAAGAGGAACGCCAACGACAGAGCAGACUUGAAAACGUUAAUGAAUCACGACUGGCUGAAGAAAGCAGAGUUGGAGGAGGUGGACCUCUCUGGAUGGGUGUGCCGUACGAUGAACCUGCAACCAUCUACGCCAACGCACUUAUCGACCGUGCAGUCCUGAAUAAAUGUAACUCUUACAUACUUGACUACGUAUAUUCGCGUUCAGUACUCCUGAGUUGGGCCUCGGUUCAUUUAGGUUCUCAUUCGGCCAAACGGUGGCGUAUAUUCCCCCUCUUCCUUCUUACAAAAUUCGUAUACCUACGUUUUUGGUAGGUGUGUCAAAUCCGUAUCAAGUGGGCCAGAUCCGUAUCAGGUUGACACAGGUAUCGCUGGUAUCACUGUUGAAUAUUACGCGAAUGAUUACCAAGGGAUUUUACGUUACGUUACGAGGGUGUGAAACUUUACGUAAAGAAUCUGGCUGUGUGUGUGUGUGCGUGUGUGUGUGUGUGCAUGGGAUACCACAUUGUCACGUUUCUUGGCGCUAUUUUCUUGGCUUUAUAAGGAGAGUUACGACUACGUUGUAAUAAUCUGACAAGUACCGCGAUACAUAGGUGAGAUAUUUGUCUGGCGGAUUGAUUCUUGCGGACCGAAUCAGUCACGUUUUGCUCGGACUUUGCUCGUCCAAGUAUUUGUACGCAGCACGCCACUGUGCCAAAUAUUAAUUUCGUAAGAUUCACUUUACGUGUUCGUCUUAUGCUUCUGUUGAAAGUAUGUAAGAUGACAAAUUGCAAUAUAAGUUUGUUAGAUUCAUGGGCAAAUUACGUUCCCCGUGAUAUGAUAUUAGGAUGCGCGAAUGAGCAUUAAACUUACGAACGUCGUUUGAGAAAAUUAAUUAGAUCGAGUUACUUGUAUAAGAUUUGUACCUGACAUCCAUAGACAUCGUUAUUUACACGAUCAAAAGAACUUCAUUCUUAAUCACGUCAAGCCGUUGUUUCUCAAUGCAUCUCAAUGCCUUUGAUUGAAUAAAAACGGUUUAUUUUUACUCACUCAGGCACUCAUUCAUACAUGUGCGCGAGUGCACGCGCGUUUUUCACAUUACAUGAAAUGUGGCCAUUUUAAAAGGAGGCAAUCUAGAGGAAAUAUUUUGAUAAUACAGCUCAAGUCCUUGGAAUUAAUUGGCUUGCAAUGAUAAAAUUCUCACGAAUUCGUCGACAUUAACUUGUAUAAACUUGUAUUUAAGAGACUAUUGUAUACAUUUAAGAUGUAAAAGACCAAAAUUCUGUCAUCGCAUCGUAAUCUUCGAUCCUUGAGUACAUUGGCAAACGUACAAAGUAGAAAGAAUUUUUCAUUUUUCACAUAAUCGCGAUUUACAUCACGAAUAAUGAAAUACUUUAUAACAGGAUUUGACCCAUCUGCAUACUCGAUAGGAUUUAGAAUAUUUUAUUAUAAAUUUUUUGCUGUAAAGUAUACGUGCAUACGGUGGGUGAUAUUCUCGAUUCCUUCCUAGUGCUAAAUGUGCGAUGAAGAUUGGAUUUAUUAUUGAUAUUGGACAUUAAUUUAAAAAUAUAAAAUGCAUGACGAUAAUAGAGCGAAGUAUCUCACAUUUUCACUUUGUUGAUGAAUAAUAAAAAUAUGUGUACGUGUGUGUGUGUGAGCGCGCGCAUGUAACUUUUGAUUGUUAUUAUUU